AUGGGACAUGGCAGGCUCUCUAAAAUGAUGAUGGAUGGACAUCCGGGUGAAAGAAGGAAAAGAGGCAGGCCUAGACUUCGUUGGAUGGAAGAUGAUCUAAGGAGCCUGGAUGUAGGCCGAUGGAGAGCGGCGGCUGGAGGAAGAUAGUACCACUUGUCGGAGAUCCUGGCUACCAUAGUCAACGAGUACACGGACUGGGAGAAGCCUGUCCAGCACCCGAUCAACAUUCGAGACGAGACCCUUGAGGCCCUCAGCGACGCCCAGUUCGUGGCCCCCAUGGUACACACCGCAGACCUCCAUUCCUCGCAGGGUCGCAACUCCUUCCUAUAUGUCUUCGAGUAUCAGACCAAGUUCGGCGACUACCAGCAGAAUAACAUGAUUUUAGCCAGCUGUGUACCACUCUCCGCAGUGGUCACACGAUAUCCCAGCAGAUUGGUAUCGUUACCUCGAAAUGGUCCAGGGCUUGUUAAUGUGUCUAACUGUUUCGGCCCUAAGCAGCCCUUUCUCUAA